CCCCCACACGUGAUUGUCAUUAUUGUUCAACAUACACCCAAUGAGUCGUGAUCAUUGAACUGUAAUCUGUAGACCUCCCUAAUGAAUAGCAUUCAAACGAAUUGUAUCUAUAUAGUGUUUCGGUGUUAUUAUGGUUAGUGUGCAUCUAGCGUCCACAACAGUUACAGAUCAAACUGGAUUUUAGACUGACUGAAAAUGGCGUUAUUAGUCCCACAUGUGUUGUUUUCGUGUAUGGUCUUGAUAUUGGGGUUGUCGGCGUCUGUUGACAGUGUUGAUUAUUUCAGGAGACGUCCACCCCGGGGACGUCCACCAUGCCACUGUUCUGAUGCGACAUUGUGUGAUCCUAUAAAAACUACUCCGAAGAAAGAGAUUCACGUAUUUUCUGUCGAUGGCCCGAACUGGAAAGACUACUUUUGGGACAAUAUCACAACAGUUGCUGUCCAAGAAGGAUUUGACCCUGAGUUGUUAUGCCACGCCCAUUCCAAAGGUGUUCGGGUCACUGUAUGGGGAUACUUUUCCGUGCAAACCCUUUUCAACGAGAGCGCCCGCAAUCGGUGGGUCGAGGAUACCGUGAACUACGCAGUGAAUAAUUUCAUCGAUGGGUACAAUAUCGACUUUGAAUUCCCAUUGCUGACGUCACAGGCACCUGUCCUGACUGCAAUGAUCAAACAGACCAAAGACGCCUUCAAGAAAGCUUUGCCAUACUCAGUAGUUACGCUAGAUUCGUCAUACUCCUCAAACUGCACCUUGUUCGGACGGUGCUACGACUACCUCGCCAUCAGCAAGAUCGUCGACUACAUCGUAAUCAUGGCGUAUGACGAGUUGGACCUCGUAGGACUUAAAGGCAUGGCCAAUGCACCGUUGAAUAGAACAAGACAAGGUAUUGAUGACUUCCUGAGAGCCGGUGUUUCUCCCAGUAAGCUCGUUGUUGCCGUGCCCUGGUACGGGUACGACUUCACUUGUUCAGUUUUAAACGAGGACGAUGUUUGUUACUACAAGUUGGGCGGUUGGAGGCAGCAGCAAUACGGUAAUAUCAUGAAACUCCUGGCAAACAAUUCUACUACCGGUCGAAAGUGGAGCAAGGAAUACGGUUCGCCGUAUUUCGAUUAUAAGGAUAUGGGUUCUGGGGAGACCCACCAGUUAUGGUACGAUGACCCGUCUAGUCUCGCUCUACGGUACCAAUUGGCAGCUGAAAAGCAGCUCUAUGGCGUGUCUGUGUAUCAUGCCGAUACUCUGGAUUACAGCACCAACAAAACGGCUGUCAAUGAGACUAAAGCAAUGUGGGAUGCCUUUGUGAGAGAAUAUUAAAUCGUUUCCAAUUCGAUUGCCAUGUCGAAACGAUACUGUGAAUCAUACAUUCAAACUGUGUUUAAAUAUCUGCAAGAACCACCUAAACAUAACGAUAAAAACAUGGAGGACAUGUUGAUCACUUUUCGAUAUUCAAAUGAAAAAAAACGGCCGCCAAUGCGACUAAUGCAAUGUGGGAUACCUGGGCGAUG